AUGCCCUCCCCUCUAGCCUUCGAUCUCCUUGUGAUUCAUUCAACUGUGGCGGAGGAACGGAUGAUAAUCCGGGAUACGCGUGCAGCAGUGUACAGGGGAUGCGACAGACGAUGGAAGACGAACAUGAGGUUUUGCAGUUUUGGGGUCUUUGAUGGUCAUGGUGGCCGAGAAUGUGCAGAAUUUUUGAAGAACAACAUCACUGCAAGGGUGCGGUCAUGCUUGCAGUCUCACCAUUUGGUUGAAGAUGCCUUGAAAGAAGCUUUCUCGAAUGUCGACAAUCAGUUUCUGCGGUACAGCGACGAGAACAAUAUUGCUGAGACGGGCUCGACUGCUGUUGUCUGUCUAGUAACGAAGACAACGAUCUACUGUGCCAACACUGGAGACUCGCGCGCGAUCCUCUGCAGACGAGCCAAGACUCUCCAGCUCUCUCGCGACCACAAGCCCAACAGGUCAGGAGGCAGCGUGAUCUUCAAUCGAGUGAUGGGACGUCUGGGCGUGUCACGGGCGUUCGGUGAUGCGUCCUUGAAGAAGUAUGUCACUGCAGAGCCAGAAGUCACUUCCUUUCCGCUAACUGUGGGUGAUGACUUCCUCAUCUUGGCUUGCGAUGGCUUGUGGGAUGUGGUAGACAAUGACGCGGUUGCCAAGAUCGUGCGGUCUAAAACUUCCUCUCAAGGCAUCAAGGAGGCAGCACAAGCACUGACGUCAUACGCAGUUCGAUGCGGAAGCAACGAUAACGUGACAGUGAUCGUCGUGCAAUUACCAAUGAUCAGCGCUUAA